UCGCUAUUGAAAUCAACUUCUGUUCAGUGGAUGAUUAAGUUUGUUAGAAGCGUGACAGGUUAAGUUUCGCUGACAUUCGAUAAUCGUGUGUUGCUUAUAGUUAUUUAACAGAAUAAUGGCCCUCGUCAAACCAAAGUCUGAGCUGACUCCCGAGGAAUUGGCGCGUCAGGAGGAAGAAGAGUUCAACACCGGCCCACUCUCCGUACUCACCCAGUCCGUGAAAAACAACACUCAGGUCCUUAUCAACUGCCGAAACAACAAAAAGCUGCUCGGACGUGUGAAAGCCUUCGACCGGCACUGUAACAUGGUUCUUGAAAAUGUAAAGGAAAUGUGGACAGAGGUGCCGCGAACGGGAAAAGGAAAGAAGAAAGUGAAACCCGUAAACAAAGAUCGUUUCAUUUCGAAGAUGUUCCUGCGAGGCGACUCUGUUAUCCUCGUCCUACGCAACCCGCUGGCGACAGCAGCUGGCAAAUAAUAACAAGGAAUUUUGGAUACUUUUGUAUGAUUUAUUUUAAGUAUUAAAUAAAAAAAAGUAUAAGCGGA